CUGAUAAAAGUCACUGCUAUAUACUGCUGAUUAUAUUUACUAAAAUAAUUGCAUUUCCAUGUUCUAUGUACUGUGGGAGACCGGAUAUAGUGAAUGCGGGGUCCGGGGGAGACCAGAUAUAGUGAAUGCAGGGAGACCAGAUAUAGUGAAUGCAGGGAGACCGGAUAUAGUGAAUGCAGGGUCUGAGGAGACCGGAUAUAGUGAAUGCGGGGUCCGGGGAGAGCGGAUAUAGUGAAUGCGGGGUCCGGGGAGAGCGGAUAUAGUGAAUGCAGGGUCCGAGGAGACCGGAUAUAGUGAAUGCAGGGUCCGGGGAGAGCGGAUAUAGUGAAUGCAGGGUCCGGGGAGAGCGGAUAUAGUGAAUGCAGGGUCCGAGGAGACCGGAUAUAGUGAAUGCAGGGAGACCGGAUAUAGUGAAUGCAGGGUCCGGGGAGA